UUUUAAACCAAAAAUAUAAAAAAACAUGUAUAUUUUAUUAUAUCCGGUUGAAAUUAACCUUGAUCCCUAACCUCUACUGGUUCGAUGAAGCUUGUCCAAAACCCACUCAGCCUGACCCAUACAUGAGAGACUAGCCCUAGCAGCCUCCACCUUCUCCAUCGCCGUCGGCCAGAGGGUGCUCAAGAUGGAAGCUUUGACCUCUCUCAAGGUACCCUUUCAGGCCUUUUCAUCCUCUUCCAGACCCAGAAGCUGGAUUACCCCAAUCCAAAUGAAUGUUUCUACAAGAAACCCCUUUUUCUCUUUCUCUGUCCGUGCUCAGGUGGAGUCUACUGAGGGUUCGGCUACAAUUGCUGCAACCUCUGCUGAAUCUGUGGUAGAGGCACUGAAAGUGAAGGAGUGGGAAGUGGGAAUGUUUCAAGAUGAAGUUGCUGCUAGCCAGGGUAUAAGGAUAAGGAGGAGACCACCAACAGGACCCCCUUUGCAUUAUGUAGGACCCUUCGAAUUCCGAUUGCAGAAUGAGGGUAAUACACCCCGUAACAUUUUGGAAGAGAUUGUGUGGAACAAGGAUGUAGAAGUUUCACAGCUUAAAGAAAGAAAACCCCUCAUUUCUCUGAAGAAGGACCUUCAAAAUGCUCCUCCUAGGCGUGAUUUUAUUGGUGCUUUGAGGGCGGCAAAUGAACGAACUGGACUUCCGGGGUUGAUAGCCGAAGUGAAGAAGGCUUCGCCAAGUAGAGGUGUCUUGAGAGAGAACUUUGAUCCAGUUGAAAUUGCUCAAGCUUACGAGCGAGGUGGAGCGGCAUGUCUAAGUGUUCUGACGGAUCAAAAAUACUUUAAGGGAUGCUUUGAAAACCUUGAGCUAAUAAGAAAGGCUGGAGUAAAGUGUCCUUUGUUGUGCAAAGAGUUCAUCAUAGAUGCAUGGCAACUCUAUUAUGCUCGAAUCAAAGGUGCAGAUGCGGUCCUUCUAAUUGCCGCUGUUUUGCCUGAUCUUGACAUAAAAUACAUGAUUAAGAUAUGCAAAAUACUUGGACUGGCAGCACUUGUUGAGGUGCAUGACGAGAAGGAAUUCGAUCGUGUUCUUGGCAUAGAGGGGAUUGAGCUUAUUGGAAUCAACAAUCGGAAUCUUGAAACAUUCGAGGUGGAUAUCGCCAAUACGAAGAAACUUCUUGAAGGAGAGCGAGGCAAAAUUGUCCGUGAGAGAAACAUAAUUAUGGUAGGAGAAUCUGGUCUGUUCACACCAAAUGAUAUUGCAUAUGUACAAGAAGCAGGUGUUAAAGCUGUUUUGGUUGGAGAGUCUAUUGUAAAACAAAAUGAUCCUGGGAAGGGAAUCACUAGCUUGUUUGGCAAGGAUAUAUCUCUAAGUUGAUUUCACCAAACAUUUCUUCACAUAUUAUUUAUUAUCCUCCUUUCAAAAUUCUCUCUCCUGUUUUACGAUGAUGACGACAAUGACGACGUUGAAGAAAAAUUGUACAGAAGAAAAAAGAUGACGAUGAUGAAAAAAGAAGAUGAGAAGGAGAAGGCGGAGGAAGAGGAGGUGAUGAUGAUAAUCAUGAUCAUGAUAAUGAAAGAGGAGGAGAAGGAAAAAGAGGAGGAGGAAGAAGAAAAAGAAUGUACAAUGAAAAAAUUACGUGUAUGUAAAUUUGAAUUGGUUGGACUUGAUUAAAAAAAAGUUUAGUUAUUUAGUAUUUCUGUUAAAUUAAAACCUACACCAUGUUAGCUUUUAUUAACAUGUUACUAUAUUAGUAUUAACAAAAUGAUAUUGGAACAAAAUCAAA